UUCUCACUACUCUUUGUUGAUAAACUCCAUGUAAACACGAAAGCAUGUGAUUUAAAUUUUUAAAAUUAUAAUAUUUACUACAAUUAAUCUUUCAAAAUGACUGCAAAUAGUGAUGAAAGUGACAAUGAACAUGUUGAAGAGGUAAAAGAAGUAACCGAAGAAGAGGAUAAUAUCACAUUUAAAGAUUUAGGUGUAGUCGAUGUAUUAUGUGAAGCCUGCGAAGAGCUAAAAUGGAAGAAACCUUCAAAAAUUCAAAAGGAAGCAAUUCCGCUGGCUUUGCAAGGCAAAGACAUAAUAGGUUUAGCUGAAACUGGUUCCGGAAAAACGGGAGCGUUUGCUUUACCAAUACUUCAAGCUUUGUUAGAAAGUCCUCAAAGAUAUUUCGCCUUAAUAUUGACACCAACUAGAGAACUAGCAUUUCAAAUCUCAGAACAGUUUGAAGCCCUAGGUGCAAGUAUAGGAGUAAAAUGUGCAGUAAUCGUUGGAGGAAUGGACAUGGUAGCCCAAGCACUUACAUUGUCCAAGAAACCACACAUCAUCAUAGCAACCCCAGGAAGAUUGCUGGAUCAUUUGGAGAACACAAAAGGAUUUAAUCUGAAAGCACUGAAGUUUUUGGUAAUGGAUGAAGCUGAUCGUAUUUUAAAUAUGGAUUUUGAAGUGGAAGUUGACAAAAUACUUCGAGUUAUACCCCGGGAACGUCGUACAUACCUCUUCUCUGCCACAAUGACCAAGAAAGUCCAGAAACUACAGAGGGCUUCUCUGCAGGAGCCUGUGAAGGUCGAGGUGUCCACUAAAUAUCAGACUGUAGAUAAACUACAGCAGUUCUACAUCUUUAUACCUGUUAAAUAUAAGGACGUCUACUUGGUGCACAUUCUGAACGAGAUGUCUGGCAACUCGUUCAUCGUGUUCGUGUCGACGUGCGCAGGCGCGCUCCGUACGGCGCUUCUUCUCCGCGCGCUGGGCGUGUCCGCGGUCCCGCUGCACGGACAAAUGUCACAGCACAAGCGACUGGCGGCGCUCAACAAGUUCAAGAGCAAGGCGCGAUCCGUGCUCAUAUGUACUGAUGUUGCCUCCAGAGGUCUGGACAUCCCACACGUGGACGUGGUCAUAAACCUGGACAUUCCGCUGCACAGCAAGGACUACAUCCACCGAGUUGGACGCACGGCGCGCGCGGGUCGCUCCGGCAAGUCUAUCACAUUCGUCUCACAGUACGACGUUGAGCUGUACCAGCGUAUAGAACAGCUGAUCGGCAAACAGUUGCCGCUGUACAACACAGAGGAGAGUGAGGUGAUGCUGCUGCAGGAGCGCGUCGCCGAGGCGCAGCGGCUCACCAAAAUUGAAAUGAAAGAGUUAGAAGAUAAGAAAGGUGUAAGAGGCAAGAAACGCGGCGCGGAUUCCGAUGAUGAUACGGAAGAAGCGGCUGGUGUGAGACGAAGGAUCAAGGGUAAAUCAAAACACGGAGGCAAGAGGAAACGGUGAAAUAUAAAUAUACCCAGAUA